ACGAAAGCGAUGACGAUGACGGUAGCGAUCUCCUCUAAGAAGAUAUUUCCAAAGAAGUUAACGGGAGGAUCGGCCAAAUCGCCUGUGCGACGACGAAAUCCGGAAGUUCUUCCUUCUCUCUUCACGCCACCCUCCGGGCAAGCCACCGGGUGGGUGAAGGUUUCAGUAAGGCACGGUAGAUUCACUUUUUACACUUUCCUCACGAUAGUUUUACUUCGCCGACGAUAGGGCAACGGGAGGAUCUUCUUCGUGUUUCGGUCCUUCGUCUCGUCCUUCAACUGAUUUCUUCGAUCGGCUCGAUCAUACCCGUUUUCGAAACGCAUGCGUAUGUACCGUCGGGUCACGUGUCGAUUCUCCGAUGAAUAUGAAAAGAAAUAUUCGGUACGCCAGGAGUCAAUUGGCUCUAUUUUGGUUUGUUACGGACCGAUGAGUUUGUGUCCGAAUGUUUGAUGAGAUGUCAACACUUGGCAGUUGUAUCCUAUAGUCAGUGACUUCAUGUUUUACUGUCACAAGUCGUCUGAAAUCGCCACCCAUUAUCAAAAUUUUCCCACCGAAUGGUAUAUCAUCAUUCAUUAUGUCGCGUAAUGUUUUAUCAAUAACUUCUAACGCGUACCUGGGUGGCAUUGGAGCUUCAUCUCAGACAAUAAAGUGUGUUUUUUUCAAAUAUUCUCCUUGUUGAGAUUGAACUUUCAUGCAAAUGUUGAGUCUGAAUAGAGGGGAACAGGUAAUCCGAACGUCUUAUGAACUGUUCUACCCUGUGAUAACAAUGUUGCUGUACUUCAUGUGAAUGUCAUUGUAAUCACAUUUUUUCCUUUUGCUUUCAAUAAAUGCUAUACAUACAGUAUUGCAUUUAUAGUUUUGUAAAUGUGAUUUUUACCAGAGCCACCUGGGCCAUCGAUGUAGAAGCGUUGUUCCUGUCUACACUCAACGAUUCCAGAUCCCGGGUCCGGAACAAAUUGCGGAUCAUGGGACGCCAGCCUGGCGUCAGUUCGACGCGAGUGAAAAGGCACCUUUACGUCCAUGGGUACAAUAGGCAGACAUGGCAUCUGCAACGGCCUUCGGUCUCUAUUUAGGGAAUACGUCGGCAUGUCUUGCAAUAUUUAAGGAUGACAAUGUUGAUGUCGUUGCCAAUGAAGCCGGGGAUCGGGUUACGGCAGCUGUUGUCGCCUUCAAUGAAUUCGAAGAGGUGAUCGGAUUGGCGGCAAAGGCUGGUCUCUUUAGAAAUGGCCCCGUUACAGUGUUGAACAAUAAACGAUUGAUGAACAAAGACAUAGAUCCCCUGGAGUUGGAGUUAGCGAUAAAAAAUAGCCCUUGCAAAAUAAUAACAGAGAAUAACGUAGUACAAUAUUUAAUUAAACGAAAUGAGAAAAACGAGAAAAUACACCCGGUCGAAGUAUCUACUCAGAUAUUUGAGGCAAUGUAUGCAAUUUCUACAACCGCAGCUCAUGACGAUAACGAACACAAUGUUGUGCUCUGUGUACCACUCAGAUUCAACCCAGACAGCAUACGAAUGUGGAGUAAAUCUGCGAUAUCUGCUGGCUUCAGAGUAUUGCAAGUGAUCAGCGAACCCGCUGCUGCAUGUCUGGCCUAUGGAAUCGGGCAGGAUAAAAAAGAAUCCUGUUACACACUAGUCUACAGAAUAGGAGGCUUGAGUAGCGACAUAACUUUGAUUCAAAUAGUUGGUGGCAUCUACCAAGUUAUAUCAACCUCGUAUUACCCUAACUUGGGCGGUAAUAAGCUGACGAGAAUUCUAUCUGAAUAUUUGGCCGGAGAGUUUAUGAGUAAGUGGAAAUUAGAUCCGAUGGAAAGCAAAAGAUCUAUGUCAAAGUUGAAUAUAGCUGCGGAAACGUGUAAACAUGUGUUGUCAACGAUAUCGACGGCGCAUUGUUUUGUUGAAUCACUCUGUGACGGAGUUGAUUUCAGCCACAAUAUAACUAGGGCUCGCUUUGAGAACCUGAUAAACUCAAACAUAUCUGAAUACAUAGCCCCAGUUGAUAAAGUGCUGCAAACGACCAAACUUAGUGCCAAGGAUAUUGGAAAAAUUGUACUUUGCGGAGGUACUAUGAAAAUUCCGAAACUUCAGGAUAAAAUCGGCGCCCUAUUCGCAAAUGGUGAAGUGCUCACAGGAAAGUGGAGUCCAGAUGAGACUAUGGCGAUCGGUGCAGCAACGCAGGCCGCUCUACUACUCUCUCAUGGAAUGUGGGAUCAGAGUCUCCAAGCAACGAAUGCAGAAGUCAAUGCUCUGAAGAAAUCACUUCAUAUCCAAAUCGGAGACAACGAACCCAUUGUUAUACCAGCUGAAACCGUUGUCCCAAUUAAAUGGCAAACUAAACUGGAUGUACCAGAAGUCAAAGAUGGCAAAAUAAAUAUCAAAGUAUUUGAACAAGAUACAAAAGAGCUAAAUAACCCGAAGGAAAUCGGACUGAUUUGCAUCCCAGCCGAGAGCGGAGCUAAGCUGAAAGUUGAUACAGAUUUAACAGAGGCCAGCUUAAAUGUAAAUAUAACCGAUACAAAAUCAGGUCGUAAAUCCUCGUUUCGUUUCGGUAUACACGAAGAUGAUUCAUAGUCAAAUACCACUGACUAGAGCUUCAGAGUACGUAAUUAUAUUAUCGAUAACUCUUGUUACUGGAAUUUAAAUAAAUCCAACAAUGAUUUCGUAAA